CUUUUUCUUACGAAAUAUUUUUUAUCGUGAAAAAAUAGUGAAAUAAUUAAAUUGUCGCUUUAUCUUUAUAAUGGUAAAUACUCCGGAUUGGGUCUCAGUGCGUGUCGUGACUCAAUGCCUAUCAGAAACGUUCGGUUUAGUCGACUCCAGCUCUUCGUGGCGCUAAUACUGAAAUACGAACUUGAGAAAAAAAAAGGCGCGCUUAUUUGUUUCUUAUAAGUUUAAUGCACGAUUUAUUUAUUUGAAAAAAAAAAUAUAUUUGUAAUAAUAAUGAGAAACUUAUCAAUGCAAGUUGAAGCGCCACCCACAAAAUUUCGAUACAAAUCGGUAAUUUAAUGAUGCGCGUGUUGAAAAUUGUUCCUUGUUUGUUUACGGAAUGUUUUAAUGAUGUUUUGUGGGAUUUUCUUCAAAAAAUGUAAUUAUUGGUUUUUUGGACUGUUAAGAGGGACAUGUUUAUGACCUGAUAGUGAAACAGUGAUUAUCAAGAUGCGUAUCGGACAUAUUUUAUUCAGGGCUUUGACUGUCGUGGCGUUAAUCAGUACGUGUGUGGCCCAAAACGCAUCAGAUAACGUGAAACCGAAAAAGGACAAAAGAUUGAGAAAAUAUCCUUUAAAGGUUUAUGAUCUCUACCAAAACCAAAUCGAAAAGAAACCAAAAUUAAUAGGAGAAUGGUCAACGUGGAGUCCAUGGAGUCCAUGUUCAAGAACUUGCGGCGGAGGUAUCACUCAACAAACCAGACACUGUAUUAGUAGACCAGCAGAUUCAAGGUUCGUGAAGAAACAACGAAGAAGAAGACAAAACUGGAAACCCACAAACGAGUGCGUAGGGCUGUACAAGCGAAUACAUUUGUGUAACACUCAGGACUGCCCGGCGGGCAUUAAUCGAGAUUUCCGAUACGAACAAUGCGCCUCGUUCAAUAAUCGGCCCUUCAAAGGAAAAACUUACUACUGGGAACCGUUUUAUCAAGGUAAAAUGGAGUGCGCGCUCAAUUGUCGUCCCAGAGGGUUGAGCUUUUAUGCCACCCUCAAUAAGACUGUUAUUGACGGUACCCCUUGUCAUCAUCCUGUCACUUCAACGGGAAAAGCAGCCCCUAAAGGAACAAGGGGCGUGUGCAUUGAUGGUUAUUGUAAGAGCGUCAAUUCGCAAGGCGUUGUGGGCGGCAGCGAAGAAAAUGGACAACCAGAUUGUCUAGCUUGUCAUAGAGGAGCCUGCAGGACCGUCAACGGGAUUUAUACACGUCCAGAUUUACCACCAGGAUACUCUUUGGUAGCCCAGAUUCCUAAAGGAGCUUGCGGUUUGCACGUCCAACAAAUCAAACACACCAGGAAUAUUUUAGCUCUCAAAAUCAGCAACAAUAAUGACACCUACAUCUUGAAUGGAGAUUGGAAAUUCGGAGCAAGUAAAACGUAUGAAGCUAUUGGAACCAAAUUCAUUUACAUAAGACAGGAUACUACAUCUUUGGAAACUAUUUCGGCUGCCGGGCCUCUAUCAAAUCCUCUCGACAUAAUGAUUGUAAAUUACCAAGCCAAUCCUGGAAUAAAGUACCAAUAUUCUUUACCAGUGGAUGAUAUACCGAUAAUAGCUCCACCACUAAUUAGACGCCCGUCUGAUACUGUUACACCAAGAAAACUAGAUCAUCAAAAUUCAACAUUCAGCAAUCAAAGAGACGAUCCAAAACCUUCAGUAAUAUAUCCAGGCCCGAGAAGAACCCGCCUGAGACGAAGAAACUUUCAUUGGAAAGUAACUGGACUAACUCCUUGCACCAAAACCUGCGGUGGAGGAACCCAAACGUAUAUACGAGUGUGCUACAGAACCAUAAGCGCCACCCAUCAAAUACCCAUAAACGAAAAACGAUGCGCCCAUUUAGAUCCACCUGCCCUAACGCCAAUUCCUUGUAAUGUCCAACCUUGCAGCGCAGCUUUUUGGGAUGGUGCCUGGGGACAAUGUUCGGUAUCUUGCGGAGAAGGAAUCCAGCAAUUUAUUCCUCAAUGCAAACGAGACCUAAAUGGAAAACCAAUAGUGGUCAGUGAGGCGCAAUGUGGUCACGAUAAACCAAGUGCUCAAACUAGAGCUUGCCAAGAAAAAGAGUGCGACUUCUACAAGGGGUUGACUGAUAAUGAGCUACCACAACCAGUUGAGCAACCCAAAAAAGAUUGGAUCAUUGGGAGUUGGUCUAAGUGUUCAGUUACGUGUGGAACAGGUCACAGGACACGUUCGGUCAUAUGUCCGUCUGGUCAGUGUCACGCGGAAAACAGGCCGGCUCAUGCUGAGUAUUGUAGUCAAGCUUCUUGUGACCAAAUCGAUGUUACCGUACCGUCACAAGUGAAACCGACAGUUGCUUUGCGUUCUAGUCAUAGCGGUUCUACUUUGUGGUUGGUUACCGAGUGGUCUCACUGUUCAGAACAAUGCGGAACAGGAAAUCAAACUCGAUUUGCCGUUUGCGAGCAUGAUUAUUGUACUCCGGAGUCAAAGCCUGAACUUUCACGUGCCUGUUCAAGUGAAAAGCAUUGCGAUGCUCAAUGGUUCGCAGGUCCUUGGGGCGAAUGUUCAGACAGUUGCGAUGGUCCUGCAAAACAAAAAAGAGAAAUCCUAUGCGUCGCUAAGAUAAGAGGUGUACCGCAUGUGUCCAACGAAAUGGUUUGUCCUGCGAAUACUAAACCUUACGACGAACAAUCUUGUCUUGGUUUAUGUCCUUCGCAAUGGUUUACAGGAGACUGGGGGCAGUGCGAAGGAGAUUGUCCAUCAGGAAUACAAAGAAGAGAAGUUAAAUGUUUGGAUAUUGAUAAACGACCCUCGAAUCGAUGUCCCGAGGAUAAAGUGCCAGUGUCAAAGAGGACUUGUGCUUGUGAAACCUACAGAGACAGCUAUAGUUAUAAGUUGGCGCAAGACGAACCAAUUGACCGCUCUUGUACUGAUAGAAUCCCAAACUGUCGCUUGGCAGUACAAGCACGACUUUGCAGUUACCCGUUUUACACGAAAAACUGUUGCGAUUCUUGCAAACGAUCCCAACAGGAUUUAUUAGAAUAGUUUUUGAAUCAAUGGGCUUUGGACAAACUAGAGCUGGGCUAGCUAAAACCCAGAAGAAGGAACUGAUAGAUUUACUAACCAAUUUUAAUUUGAUAAGUUAUAAUGGAGGCAAAAAGCAUGACUUUUGAACAAUUUACUUAAUAGGAGAAUUAUUAUUUAAAAAGAAUGGCAGGGAUGUUUACGAGUGUUGGAAUGAAUGAUUUUAUUUUAAGGAUGCACAAUUGAUUCAUUGAUUUUGGCAAAUCUUGUAAAUUUGAAACUCGGAGAUCAAGAUAAUUUUUCUAGAGAUAACAUAAACGCUUAUGGUGCAAAUGUUGCUAGAAAAAUUCACCAGGACUUGAAUCUGCUCUUUUGCAUUGCAAAUAUAUUAUCAAAAUUAAAAUGCUGAAGAAUGUAGUUAUCUGUGAUUGUUUUUUUUUUAACAUAAGGGCUUCUAUCCUUAACUUAAACCCCCUAGAAAAUAAUGUUUAAAUCGAGCACUGCCAAAAUUAGAUCUAACUUCUUAAGAUAUAUCGACCCGGAAUGGAUAGUUUUUAAUAUUUAAAUUAAAAAUACGCAGUGAUAAGAAUAUUUAUGUAUAAAUUCGUCAGUUGUAUUUUAUUGUAAAACGCAAAAAAGAGUAUUAUGUGUAGUAGCUUUUACUAUUCAAAUAAACAUAUAAGUUUUCCA